UGGUGAGGGGGGGAGCACAGACUUGGGGAAGUCUAACUCUGAUCCUCCACGAAGUAGAGCAGGUCACUGAGGAUAAAACUGAGGGCCUGGGGUGCAGUCGUGUGCUCCUCUGGGAUUGCAGCGGCAGGAGGCUGCAUCCCAGGACUGGGAGGAGUGUUGGAGCCAGGAGCAAGGAAGAUGCUAACUGGCGGAAGGGGCCGGGGACAGACUGAACACUCCUUCAAAGGGCUGGAACAGUGCGUUUCUGGGGUACCUGGAGGAGGCGUUUUAGGGAAUCCCCAGCAACAGUGACCCGUAGAAGUUUAAGUAUCUGGAAACCAGGGGUGGUGGCGGGAUCUCCCCCGCCCAGGCCCCUGAGGAGCUCUGCAGAGCAGCCACUUCCUCCCACAGGAAACCGCAGGCGUCAGCCACACCCAGCCUUCAUGAAGGCAGUGGCCCCGCCGCUCUCGCCCAAGAACCACGUGGGGCGAAGCGCUUGGCUAGAGGAAGGGGCGGCUGGAGGCCCCGCCCACUCCCACUUCCGCCUCUGCCCGACGUGCCCGCCAGCCGUUGGUCGCGCAUGCGUAGUGAGCCUGUGUAGGAAGUGAGAUAGUGGUGAGCGUUCCUCCAAACUAUGAAUUACCCAAAUAACCGGUCCAAGGCACGCAUUUCUUGGGCCGGUACUGAAGGGCCCUGCCUAGCCCCAGAGUCUAGUCUUCUAAAUGUUUCUCUCCAGGCGCCUUCAGUUUCUGCUCCCCGGACACACGCGGCCCAGAGGCCGAGCUCCACGUAUCCCAUUUUGACCUCCCCAGAACCUGCCCCUCCGAGACGUCCAAGUCAUCCCAACGCCUCGCUGCGCUCCCUUUAAAUAAUAAGGCCCGCCCCAAAGCCUAAAGCCCCGCCUUCCCACUGAAAGUCCCCGCCCCCUGGAGGCCAGAGCGCCUGCUCCAUAGUUCCGCUCUCCCCCGACCCCUCCCGAAGUCCCGCCCCUUACAGCGUCCGAGCCCCUCCUCUCGGCCAUUUACGGCCUCCGGGGCCUCUGCGCAGCACUGCAGCUCCGCCCCUUCCCGUAGCCCCGCCCUUUAUCCCUGGCUCCUCCCCCUCCUGGUUUCAGCUCCUUCUAGGAGCUGACUCCUAGGGCUCCACCUCCCUAAUGCUAUGACCCUGUGCUACCGUUCCUCAGGUUGCGGUGACCCCAACCAUGUAUUUUCGUUGCUACUUCAUAACUGUAAUUUUACUAUUAUGCAUCGUAGUGUAAAUACCUGCUAUUGUGACGACCCUGUGAAAGGGUCGUCAGCUCAUGGGUCUGGAUCCAGGUGUUGAGAACCGCUGUUCUCGGGUCUUAGCGCCGCCCCUGCGGGUGCCUCUGGCCUCGCCCCUCAGCGGGCAUCCCCUCCGUCCUCUGAGACUUCCAUCAGUCUGUCCUGCCCUCCCCUGCCGCUGUCCUCAGGCUUCAUUGGCCCCUUGUCUCCCCAGUAACCAGACCACAACAGUGAGGUGGAGCAGCUAGGAGAGGUCAGGCACUCAAGCAGGUGGUAGAGCCGAGACGUCGCCCCCGCCCCCAGCGGGCCGGGGCUCGGAGGUGCGGAGAGGCCGCCCCGGGACCGAGUCAGAGUCAAGCCGCGGGACCCAAACCGUGUGUGUUUGGGAAACGCCGCCGCCGCCGUGGCCAGGAUGCGUUUGGGUCUGUCGGCCAGGAGCAUAUCCGAAGAAGGAAGCGAUGUCUUUCUGGAGGGACCGGUGGAUUGGGAGCUCAACCGCCUGCAAAGACAAUGCAAAGUGAUGGAGAGAGAACGGCGGGUGUACAGAAAGGAGGUUAAUCAGCGCAUCAACAAGCAGCUCGAGGAGAUUCGGCAGCUGGAGGCGUUUCGAGCCAAGCUCCAGAUGCAGAUCAGCGUGGCACAGAGCCAGGUCAAGCGACCGAGAGACACCAAGCGUUUGGAGGACAUGGAACGCCUACUCAAGUGCAGGGCCCAGGUGCAGGUCGAAGCCGAGGCGCUGCAGGAGCAGAACCGGGCACUGGACAAGCAGAUCCAGGAGUGGGAGAACCAUAUCCUCACCCAGAGUAAGGAUGCCUCAGCUCCUAGUGCCCUGUCGGCUCAAAAGACAAAGAUACAGAGAAGGAUCAGGAUCCUAGAAGACCAGCUGGACAGGGUCACCUGUCACUUUGACAUCCAGCUGGCGAAGAAUGCGGCCCUGCGAGAGGAGCUGGACUUACUGCGCAUCGAGAGGGGCCGAUACCUGAACAUGGACCACAAGCUGAAGAAGGAGAUCCACAUGCUCCGGGAGACAGUCAGAGGUCUCAGCAUCUCCUCUACGUUUGCUUACACCGCCAGGGAAGAGGCCAAGACCAAGAUGGGCAUGCUGCGGGAGCGGGCAGAGAAGGAGCUGGCUCAGAGUGAGACAGAGGCACAGAUCUUGCAGCGACAGAUAUCGCAUCUGGAGCAACUGCACCGAUUCCUCAAGCUCAAGAACCAUGACCGACAGCCGGAUCCGGACGUUGUGCAGAAGCAAGAGCAGCGAGCCUGGGAGGUGGCCGAAGGACUCCGAAAGACCUCCCAAGAGAAUCUGGGCCGGGUCCUGGUAGCAGAUGUUGCAUUGAAGCAUAUCAUCUUGUGGUCAUCAUUGCCAUAA